AUUCUUAUAUAUAUGUAUCCUUUUCUGAAUCACAGAACGUUCUUCGCUCUUUGAAGAGUUGUUUCGGCAUGAUAUGAUAUUCACGUUAACCGCAAUCGCUUUUAAUUUACUUAUUGCGAGUGAUUAUACUUAUUUCAGAUGCAGAAAAGAAGAACACUUCACCGUUGAAGUAUCUCACGAAUUGUGCAUUGUGUAACUGAAAUUUGGAUUGUUCGUAUAGACGAGAAAGUUUGUAGUCGGUUUUGUUAUAAGAAUUGAUUUUAACCGAAACAAAGUGACAUAAGGAAAAGAAAUAGUGGAUAUUAUAUAGUGGAUAUUAUAUAGUGGACAUUAUAUGCAUCAGUUUAAAACAAAUAUUUAUUCAAUACAUAAAAAGAAGUUGCACAUUGUCACAAUUGUCACAGUCUUGAGCUAUUGUUAAAGAUAAAAUGUAACAUUUAUGUUACUUGAGUAAUUGAUCAAUUGAAUAUUUUUAUCAGUUAUAUUGUUUGACACAACUCAUAUUUUUGCCUAUAUUUAAACAUUGAUACCAUGGGUUUUGAAGAUGAAAGAAGUGACUCAGAAGAGGAACAUGAUAAAUCUAGAAGUAGUACUCCAGAUUCACAAAAAUCAAGAAACAGUAAUAUAGCAAGGAAUAGAUCGAAAUCAAAUUCAGCUAGUCCUAAAUCUUCAUCUAUUAGAUCAAAUCAAUCAUCUCCAGUACGGAAUGAAUCUCCAACUUCUCCUCGUUCCAAUGCAAGUUUGAGAAAAUCUUAUUCUAGAUCGCCAUCUAGAUCACUUUCACCUAGCGGAUCUGUUUCAAAUGGCAAAAGAAGCAUAUCAAGAUCGCAUUCCAAAUCUCCCUCUCCAGAACAUACAGAAAUAGGUGCAAGGAAUGGAUCACAAUCACCAGCGCUCUCACAUCGCUCUGUUAAAUCAGGCUCAAGAUCCCGAAGUUCCUCUCAUUCUUCGUCUAGAAGUUCUCGUGCAGCAUCGAGAAAUAAUUCACGUUCCAGAUCGAGAUCGAAUUCUCCAAAGCCAAGUAAUAGCCCAUCGAAAUGCAUCUCGCCGAAGACGAAUUUUCGAUCGUCUUCCAGAUCUCCUUCACCUCGAGCAGUUUCCAAAUCGCGAUCUCGAUCAAGAUCUGCUUCCCGCUCUCAUUCUUGUUCUCCAAAAACAUCAGUUCAUUCACGCUCCCGAUCGGCAACUCCCAAAUCUUUUCACACAAGAUCUAGAUCAAGAUCCAGAUCAAGAUCCAGAUCAAAAUCUAGAUCAAGAUCAGGAUCAGCUAAUCCAAAAGAAGCCAAAGCUGAUUCAAGAUCGAGAUCUCCAUCUGGAUCUAAAAAAGGUUCUCGCUCACCUUCGGCAUCACCUAAUCGAUCUCCAAUCAUAGCCAGACAGUCAAGAUCAAGGUCAAAGUCACAUUCUGUGAAUAGUUCUCGAGAAGGUUCCCCUUUAAGAAAAAGUUCCCGUUCCAGAUCUCGUUCCAGAUCUCGUUCCAAUUCGAUAGAUAAAAAAUCUAAGUCAAGAUCUAGAUCAAGGUCUGGAUCUAGAAAACAAUCGAGAUCACCUUCGCGAGGUCGACUUUUAUCACGUUCAAAAUCCAAAUCGAAAUCCAGAUCUUUAUCAGGUUCGAGAAAAGGCUCACGUUCAAGAUCGCGAUCAAGAUCGCAAAAAUCUGGAUCUAGAGGCAAAUCAAGGUCUAUGUCGGGAUCAUGUAAAGGUUCUGUAUCUCCCGCACGUUCGAGAAAACAUUCUCGCUCAAGAUCCAGCUCUCGGUCUAAAUCUAAAUCAAGAUCCCGUUCAGUUUCAAAAGCUUCACGGUCAAGAUCUCGCUCAGGAUCCAGAAAAUCACUAUCGAGAUCAAGAUCGCGAUCUCAUUCAAGAUCAAAAUCUCGUUCGAGAUCACAUUCAGGUUCGCGUUCAAGGUCAAGAUCAGGUUCGAGAUCAAAAUCGAAAUCGAAAUCGAAAUCACGGUCAAGAUCGAGAUCACGUUCUAAAUCGCGUUCAAGAUCAAGGUCUGCAUCGAGCGCCAAAUCUAGGCAUUCGUCACGUAAAUCUCAAUCUAAAUCGAGGUCUAGAUCGGGUUCCAGAUCUAGAAAGUCCAGAAGUCGCAGCAGAGAUUCAGAUGGAGUAGCUAGAAAACGAAAUAGAGUAUUAUCAGAUUCUGAAGAAGAGACUGAUGAAACUAAAGCAAAAAAACAUGAAAACGAUUUAUCAGAUUCUGAGCAUGAGGGGGAAAGAAAGGAAAAGGAUGAUGAGAUACAUCAAGAGGAAGAAGGUAGAAGAUACAAGAAAAUAAACAGUUGAAUGCAACGAUUAAUGAAACAACAGGACAAUGAAGAUUCUGAUGAUGGAACUAUUACUGGUGGAAUGGAUGACAUGUUGUCUGAUUUUGAUCGCAUGUUAGCGCGAAAAAAAGAGGAACAAUCCCGUAGGCGUAAACGAAAAGAUAUUGGUAUUAUCAAUGAUAAUGACGAUAUCAUAGCACAAUUGUUAGCAGACAUGAAAGGAGCAGCUGAAGAGGAUAGAAGAUUGAAUCAACAAAAUAAACCUGCGACAAAUAAGAUUGCUAUGUUAUCAAAAGUAUUAUCACAAUUAAAGAAACACGAUUUACAAUUGGCCUUCUUAGAACAUAAUGUAUUGUCGGUUCUUACCGAUUGGUUAGCACCGAUGCCUGAUCGUUCAUUACCGUCUCUUAAAAUUAGAGAUAAUCUUCUAAAAUUGUUAUGGGAGUUCCCAAAAAUUGAUCAAGCUUCGUUGAAGCAAUCUGGUAUCGGAAAGGCUGUGAUGUAUCUUUAUAAGCAUCCGAAAGAAACGAAAGAGAAUAAAGAACGCGCUGGAAAGUUGAUUAAUGAAUGGGCUCGGCCUAUAUUUAAUUUAUCCGCGGAUUUCAAGGCGCUUUCAAAAGAAGAGAGGAUGCAAAGGGAUCUGGAACAGACACCUCAAAAGAGAAGAAAAACCGAGGACGGAGGAUCCUCCCAAAAAUCGCAGGAUAUUAAUAAAGCCUUGAAAGGAGAUUCCAAACCAUUGAGGCCAGGAGAUCCUGGAUGGGUAGGAAGAGCCAGAGUUCCUAGACCAUCUAACAAGGAUUACGUUAUACGACCCGAUUGGAAAUCGGACAUUGAUAUUAGCAGAAGUACUAAGAAGCAAAUGAGCCGUUUUGAGAGACAUAUGAAGAAUUAUAUGGACAGUAAGCGUAUGAAAUCUGCGAGAAGAGCAGUAGAUAUAUCUAUAGAAGGUCGCAAAAUGUCUUUGUAAUAUCCAUAGAUUUCUUAUAUUUUUUACCUCCUGAUUGCACGAAAGAAGUUAAAUGGCCUGAUGGAUGUAGUAGUUUUGUCGAUAUAUUUUUUUGUCAAUUGGCAGUAUAUGUUUGUGUGAACGAAGAAGAAUGUGUAAUUUUAUUUCACGAUGAAUCGAUAGCAAUCACUGUGCAAUUCUGUUGGAGAAUAGGAGAAAUAAUUGUUGUCUGAAAUAUUUUUACCGGAUUGUUUCAAUGGAUUAACAAAAAAAUAUUGCGAAUUUUGUUUGUAAGCUAAACCUAAUGUCCAUUUGUUAAGUAAUGUAUUAUUUAUAACUCCAAUGUUUAUUGGUAGAAUUACAUAAAAAUGCAGUGAAUUUAGAUAUGUAUACAUUUUAUUCUAUAAAGCUGAUCAACAUGUUAGGACUUAUACAUUGAAAGAAUUGUAUAAUUAAAUAAAUUCGCGACUAUUUAAGCUGA